AAUAUUAUUCAACUCGCAAUUGAAAGAAGAUGGCGCUGCAGAGAACGUCAAAAGGAGAUCGGACUUUGUUGAAGCGUCACUGCGAGAUCAAACAACGUUGAAGCGUCACUGCGAGAUCAAACAAUGUUGAAGCGUCACUGCGAGAUCGGACAACGUUCUUAGGACCCAUCGCGGUGAUUCAAGUUCAUGUGAACUGACGUCCUAACCCUCAUUGAAGUUGAAGUGAAGUAACAGUACGCUUGUCCCUAUUGCAAAGCACGCAACUCCACGGAGCCACGUAUCGAUGUUUUUCGAAAAAUCUGAGAUAACUGUACAUUCUGGAAGAGGGAAACGUCCUCUUUCCAACGGUAUAGGUCUCAAAAAUCACCCCAAAAAUCGAGUUGCGUCGUUCCGCCAGCGCCGGACCGCUGACAGAGGCUCCGCGGAGUUGCGUGGUUUCGCCAGCGCCCGAGUGGCGUGCGUGCUUUGCAAUAGGGACAAGCGAUAGUAACACCAGUUGUAACAAUAAAGUGACAAGCGAUACGUGACAGGCGAUAAGUGAUAGCUGUCACGCCUAUAAGUGACAAGCGAUAAGUGCCAGAGUGGCAGGAAGUGAUACGCAGUUUUUGUGUGUCCCUUAAGGCCAAGGUAAGAUUGCCAUUGAUCCACACGUCACCAUGCACUCUCAGUCAUUACUCGGCUCGAUUGAGCCCGCUGAGGGUCAAUACUGGACACUGUGGUGUUGACCGCCGAGCUGGCCGAUCGGUGCCUCCCUAGCGAGUCAGUGGGUGCUGCCGCGAUAUUUCAAAUCGAAAGACAUUGCGUUUUGUUUAUUGUCAAGGAAAACAAGAAAAACAAUCCCGGAGAACAGUGCUGUCGGGGAAUGCAUCAUGAACGCAGAUGAUACAAGUUUGAGUCCGCACUUGAAAUGUUUACAGUUACUGUAAAUAUCACUCUCUGUCUGCAUAACUAAGAUCAGAUGCAAUAGUGCAACAAAGUGGUCACUACAUUAGAGCAAUUAGAGGUUUGCGAAUCACCCUUUUUCAGAGUCGAAUCAAUCGAAUCGAAUCUUAAAAUUUUACCCCGAAUCAAAUCGAAUCUUACUAUUUCGACUGCGAAUCGUAUCGAAUAAUUUCAUUCUAGGAGAUGCUAUAAACCAUUGAAAUUUGGCAGCCAAUCAAUGUUGGGGUCACUCGGGUCUCUCUAAAAACAAAGAGAUUGGCAAACCGACCAUGCAUGCAUCUGAAUUGUUCGAGUUCGAAUUGACUUGCUUCGAGAUCGAAUCGAAACUGUCUCGCACACCCCUACACUAGAUGUGUAGUAUAAGUGACAAUAUUGUACCUGCAUUUAGUUAAGCACACAGCAGUCCGUUGCUAGUUACAGUACCAGUAACUGUAACAGUAAAUAUUCUCACUCGCCUUUUUCAGUGACAGCGGUUCUUUUAAAUGUAUUUUUUUGUUAAUUUUUUGAAAUGCAGGGCGACUUGGCCCGGAGCACCACGCCAGGGCACGGUCGUGCGUGGCGCGUCCUCGGUGGGGGUCGGCCCUGGUGCGUGGUCGUCAUGGCCGCCCUCGACCACGACCCCGAGGCGGCGGCAGCGCCAUGCCAACGGCUGUUGUGGACCGCCAUCCGACCGGCGCUCCUCACCGCACAAAUCUGCUCCAUGGGCCUCUUCAGUCUGGCGUCGACGGCAACCAGGUUGCCGUCGUGGCACACGGCGUACGCCGUGCUCUUCUCCGCCUUCGUCCUGUGCAUAGGAGCCAUCCACUCCGUGGAGUUCUUCCAAACUCCCGACAAGAGGAGGAACCGCUUCAAGUUCAUAUCGGCGGUGCCCACCUACCUGGAGAGCGUGGCGCUGGUACUGCUGUGGGUACGGGUCGCGGGACGCUGGCCGGGCCUGUGGGCGCGCGUGAACGCGCUGGAGAGCCGGCUGUGGGCGCCCGAAGUGCACCGCCUGCCGCGGCUGCACCGGCGCGCCCGACACGUCUCCUGCGUCUUCGCCCUCGUCGCGAGCUGUGCGUGUCAGCCGUGUCGAUGCCGCAUAUUGUUUUUGCUCCGAGUUUCGGUCAUGUCCUGCGAUUCUUCCGCAGUGCAGCAGCCCUCACUCACGUGGCGCAGGCUGCCCGUGCGCGGCCUGUUCGAAGGCUUCCAGUUGAUCCUGAGCCUGGGCUUCACGAGCGUGUUUGACUUCAACGCCAUGCUCCUCAUCGUCCUGAGUGGCGUGCCGGCCGAGUGCUUCCGCGCCCUCACGGACACACUGCGGAGCGCCGCCGAGCAGGGUGGCAACCGUCUCCCGUCGGAGGCCGUGGAGGGCGUGCGCGUCUUGUACAACGAGGUGUGCCGCCUGACGCUGGCCGUGGACGCCACCCUGGGCCCCAUAUUCCUCGUGACCAUCUUCGCGGACGGCCUGUACAUUUGCCGGUUCAUCCUCUUUCUGUUGACAGGCUCCGUGCAGAGCUGGUACGCCUGCGCGACGGUCACUGUCACCGCCUCCAGGUUCGUCUACACGAUACUCGCCGCCUCCUCCGUGCACACCGAGUGGCUGGCUACCAGGGCGUGCCUGCACAGAGUGGUGCCGUGCCGGGGCGGAAACGAGGUCGCGCGCAUCUUCAUGCAGAUCGGCUCUGACCGCAUUGCAUUGACAGCUCUUGGAAUUAUGACAAUCACAAAAUCUCUUUUGCCUGCGGUGUUGGGCGCAAUACUUUCCUAUGAGAUCAUCCUCGUGCAAUUCCAUCUGCAAAUGAUUGGCCAUGGGUUCAGUAAUCAUAGUACUGCAUACAGUUGAGAAAAGCGUUGACUCGCACAAUUUACCGGUUUGCGUAGAAAAAAUACGAAAAAAAUGCGGAAGAAAACAACGACAAAAGAUGUCUAAAUUGGGUAAAACAUGGAGCUGGAAGGGAGGAAAAUGCGCGGACGCGACCUCAAAAAUCCACCCGCGGGGGUGCGUCCGGUUGCCGUCCGGUCCAGCCCGCACCCCCACUUGUGAAAGGCCGGGACUGGCCGCGGCGGCGCGGACACCGGACAUUCGCUUUGUGCUGAUCGCCGCGCCCAGGCCAUUGAGAGGUGGACGGCGGCGGCGAGGGCAGAGGUGAAAAAUGAUCGCCCCUCUCUCUCUCGCUCUCUUUUUCUCUCUCUCGCGGGGCGGGCUUGCCAUUGUUCGUAUCCCCCGCAGAUGCGCCCAAAUCCACAUGACGCUGGCUGUGUAAUCCCUAAUUCACAAAGAACUGACAGCCUGAUGGAGUAUCGGGAUCCUCUCAAUAACCCGUCAAUGAGGCCUGCUCCCACCCUCUCCUCUCUCCCGCGCCAAUAUCUCUCUCCUUCUCUUUUCCAUUCCCUCGUCUUUCUGGUUUUGUUAAUUUACGGUCCCUGUUUUCCCCAUCCGAUCACCCAAGCCGCCAACAGCUACGCGACGCGGGGUGCGCAAGUAUACUGUGGACUUGGUCUACCAGUUUUGAAUGUUUCCUCAUUCACCCUUAUUUUUUUUUCGCAGCCUUUUCCGACUGUCUAGAGGACAACUUAUAGAAUGUAUGUGACUUGUUCUCUCGUUCUUCUUUUCUGAACUUCAAAACGCCUCUGAAAAUAUGUAACUCGGUUGGAAGAAAAAAUCUCUUGGUCCUCUCAGAAUAUUUUUUAACUUACAUCUCACUGUGAAGGA